AUGGCAGCAGAGGCUGUUGUUUCCUUUAUUGCAGGUAGACUUGGGGACCAGCUCAUUCAGCAGGCCAGUUUCUUGUUUGGUGUAAAGGACCAAGUGAACGAUCUACGGGAUGAGUUGAUGUGGAUACAAAGCUUCUUAGAAGAUGCUGAUUCAAGGCAAGAUGAAGACCCUCUUGUGCGCACUUGGGUUUCCAAAAUUAGAGAUGCUGCUUAUGACAUCGAGGACAUCAUCGACACCUACAUCCUCAAGGUUGCAGAUGAAGAUGCUUUAAAUGAUACUCGAAGAAGGAGACGAUUCCUGCGUUCCCUUAAGAAGUAUGUUUCCCUGUGCCAAAAAUGGCCAAACCUCUACACAUUAGGGAAGGAGGUUGAAGGGGUCAACACUCGGAUCCAAAAUAUUGGUGACGCUAUGAAAAGGUAUGGCAUUAAUAGAAAAGAUGGUGGCUCACAAGGAAGCGAGAGGAGGAGGAGCCUUUCUCCAAGAGAUAGAUUUCAACAGCUAAGAAGAACUUCUCCUUAAGAUGAUGCUACUCUCAAAGACAUUGUUGGGUUCAACAAAGAUGUAGAGAAAUUGGUAUCAGAGUUAGUCUGCGAGGAGGAAGAUCAGUGGUGCCGCUUUAUUUCCAUCACAGGCAUGGGCGAUAUUGGGAAGACAACUCUUGCUAAGAAGGUUUACAACUGUGAAGAAGUUAAGCGCCAUUUCGAUUGUCGUGCUUGGGCAUACGUAUCGCAAGACUACGGUGUCAAAGACGUCUUCAAGCGAUUAAUAAAAGAAGUCAAGCCUAAUCUCAGUACAGAGGAACUGCAGGAGAUGGAGAUGUUUAGUGAAGUAUAUUUGGAAGAGAAGCUUCGUGAGCUAUUGAAAGAUCGUACGUAUUUGGUGGUACUUGAUGACAUAUGGGACUUGGAAGCUUGGGAGAGUCUGAACAGAGCAUUUCCUGAUGCCAAUAAGAAAGGAAGAG